GAAGAGAAGCGGUCCAGUUCCGGAGGCGGCCGCGGCCGCCGCCAUCUGUCACCUGGUCUCCGGCACCGGCAGCGGGUUGCUAGUGCCCCGGCCGUUUGUUUCCUUGGCGGAGCCCGCUCCUCGUCCUGUCAUCUCUCCGUUCUCGUGCCUGCCUUCUUCGCCGAAUGGAUCUGGUCGGAGUGUCUUCACCUGAGCCGGGGCCCGCAGCAGCCUGGGGACCCAGUAAGUGCCCAUGGGCUACCCCUCAAAACACAGUAUCCUGUUCACUGACCGAGGUAAUGAGUGAAGAGUUGGCCAGAGAGCUGCAGUUGGAAGAAGAAGCGGCCGCUUUCCCUGAAGUUGUUGUUGCUGAAGGACCCUUCAUUUCUGGAGAAAAUGUUGACACUUCGAGCGACCUAAUGCUGGCUCAGAUGCUACAGAUGGAGUUUGACAGAGAAUAUGAUGCACAGCUGAGACGUGAAGAAAAGAAGUUCAAUGGUGAUAGCAAAGUUUCCAUUUCAUUUGAAAACUAUCGAAAAGUGCAUCCUUUUGAAGACAGUGACAGCUCUGAAGAUGAGGUUGACUGGCAGGACACUCGUGAUGACCCCUACAGACCAGCAAAGCCAAUUCCUACUCCAAAAAAGGGCUUUAUUGGAAAAGGAAAAGACAUCACCACUAAGCAUGAUGAAGUGGUUUGUGGGAGAAAGAACACAGCAAGAAUGGAAAAUUUUGCACCCGGCUUUCAGGUAGGAGAUGGAAUUGGAAUGGAUUUAAAGCUGUCCAACCAUGUUUUCAAUGCGUUAAAACAGCAUGCCUACUCGGAAGAGCGUCGAAGUGCCCGGCUCCAUGAGAAGAAGGAGCACUCCACCGCAGAAAAAGCAGUUGAUCCUAAGACACGCUUACUUAUGUAUAAAAUGGUCAACUCUGGAAUGCUGGAGACAAUCACUGGCUGUAUUAGUACAGGAAAAGAAUCUGUUGUCUUUCAUGCAUAUGGAGGGAGCCUGGAGGAGGACAAGGAAGAUGGUAAAGCUAUACCAACCGAAUGUGCCAUCAAGGUAUUUAAAACAACCCUUAAUGAGUUUAAGAAUCGUGACAAAUACAUUAAAGAUGAUUUCAGGUUUAAAGAUCGCUUCAGUAAACUAAAUCCACGUAAGAUCAUCCGCAUGUGGGCAGAGAAAGAAAUGCACAAUCUUACAAGAAUGCAGAAGGCUGGAAUUCCUUGUCCAACAGUUGUACUGCUUAAGAAGCACAUUUUAGUAAUGUCUUUCAUUGGCCAUGAUCAAGUUCCAGCCCCUAAAUUAAAAGAAGUAAAGCUUAGUAGUGAAGAAAUGAAGGACGCCUACCAUCAGACUCUGCAUUUGAUGCAGCAAUUAUAUAAUGAGUGUAACCUUGUGCAUGCUGAUCUCAGCGAGUAUAACAUGUUGUGGCAUGCUGGAAAGAUCUGGUUGAUUGACGUCAGUCAGUCUGUAGAACCAACCCAUCCUCAUGGCCUGGAGUUCUUAUUCCGUGACUGUAGGAAUGUUUCACAGUUUUUCCAGAAAGGAGGAGUAAAGGAAGCCCUUAAUGAGCGGGAACUGUUUAAUGCUGUUUCUGGCUUGAACAUCUCAGCAGACAACGAAGCUGAUUUCUUAGCUGAGAUAGAAGCUUUGGAGAAAAUGAAUGAAGAUCACGUUCAGAAGAACGGAAGGAAAGCAGCCUCGUUUCUAAAAGAUGAUGGAGGUCCACCUGUGCUGUCUGCAGAAUAGCGCUAAUACCACUGCUCUCUGCCAACAGCAGUGAUCGACAGCUGCCGAUAGCCAACCAGUGUGGCUGACUGACAUACCAAAGCAGGAGUGGACAGUGCUGCUCCUGUGCUUCCCACUUGUUACCCAUGUGCCAGAUAUGUGGAAUUUUUAACUCGGCAUUGAAAGAAUAAAAUGUCACUACCUCUCAUCUCACGAAAAGGUAUAGAUGUCAUGAUAUGAAAUGCCUUGAUGAGGAUUUUUAAACAUAGGUAGUGGUUCCGAAUGUGGAGUUGUGAGGCAUUUAAAGGGGAGGUUUGCUGGCUGCACUGCGCUCCCUCACCUCCCUGCUUUCUGUUGCAUCUUUCUGCAAACGUUAUCGUUCGCAUUUAGUCCUUCUCAACUGGUCUUCCAGCUGUGACUAUGAUUGUAAAGACCCUAGUGGUGUUAGAAAUGGGGAUUUGGCUUCAGAGUGGAUGGUGGAAAUAGACAUAAGCAAUGUACCAUUUAUUGGUCUAUCAUGAAAAUGUAUGGAAUUCACAUUUCCAUCUCAAUAUCUAGGAAAUGGCAGGUUUCUGAAAGAUAAUUACAGAAAGAUUUCUAAACUAAAUUUUAACUUUAGCUUUCGGGUAUUCUCCAUUUAGGUUAAGUGAUUGGGAUGUGACUCAUCUAUGUUUAUAAUGAAAAUACAAAAUACCUGGAAGAGUAGAACAUAAGAAUCGUAUUUGAUGUAUUUUAAGAAGGCAAUGAAACAAACUUCAGUUUAGUUUCCUGAAAUUGUUCACAUAUGGAUUGCUAGUUGUUUGCAGAGAAAUAGAGCAGAGUAAUUGGAGCUGUUAAAUAAAUGGAAGACAAGCUUGUGUGCAGAACAAUUCAAGGGCGAAUUAACCUACUCAGCCAUUUGGCCUCUGUUUAGCAGUCUCUACACUGGCUGGACUCUGCUUUGAAAAAGCGAGCAGUGUCUAGAAGCUAUUAAUUGCUUGCUCUCGCUUCAUUAGCCUCUUUAUUACCCCAGUGCCAGGAGUCAGAUCAGAUCCACUAAACAGCCUAACUCUGUCUGGUUAUAAAGAGAAAAAAAUAUAAAUGUAAUUUAUGUUUGAGAGAUGUUAAC